AAGCGUUAUGCCGAGGUUGAGUCGAUAAAUUACUUAAGUAGAUUACUUCGGAUUGUUUCUUAUUUUUACAAGCUUAACUUGUAUUGAAAAGAAUUGGUAAUAAGUUUUAGCGCAGGUAAUUCCUUUUGGAAUCGAUUGAAAUAAUUUAGCGACUAAAAACUUUUUAACUUUGAACAAAUGGGUCGCGAUUUAACAAUCCAAUUUUAAAAGCUCAGUGUAUUCCCUGACAACGAAGGGGUUGACGGAACGUAUAAUGAUCUCUGGAAGAUAAGUUUGGACUUACGUGGUUAUAUGAACUCAAGAAAUGGAUGUUUAGAUGUGAUUUAUUUUCUUGAUUAACUAUGCAGCGGAGGACUAGCUUGUUAGUGGAUCAAGAGUCCGGAUGUCCGUUUCGUAUACGCCAUCUUGAUGACGUCAUCGAUAAUGACCGGACUGACUUGCAACGCAAGGAGCAGGAAAAGUCCCUUAGAUACGCCCAUUUGAAUAAGGACCAGUUUGAUGUUGUUGACAAACUUAUACGUGGCGGAAUUCGGCCUGAGUUAUUACCAUGCCAAAAGCCGAAAGUAGUUCGCAUGUUUAUGUGUUCCUCCGGACCGGAUUUUGAGUCCGAGAGAAAUUACCUGAUUGAGAAUGUAUAUCCUUUAGUACGCCAGUAUUGCCGAGAUAAUCAUGGCGUCGACUUCCAGCUUGUUGACAUGUACUGGGGCCACUCCGGUUUACCCUCUACCGACCCCCACAAAAUGGCGGCUGUUUAUGAAGAAUUACGUCACUGUCAGGAUAUCUCCAUGGGACCAAAUUUCAUUGCGUUCGUCGGGCAAAAAUACGGACCGUAUCAUUUGCCACAAACCAUUCUUGCAUCGGAUUUUGAAGAAAUUAAAAAAGCACUACAGGAAAACGGAAAUGACGUUAUACUGCUUGACAAGUGGUAUCAGAAAAAUCUGAAUGUUACACCGAAUGUGUAUCUUUUAAGACAACCUGACCCAAAAGAUGAACUAGACCUGGAAGAGGACUAUUCUGCUCUUAUUCAACUGCUUCAAACUGGUACUACCCGGUCUAAGAAUGUGACAUCUAUGCAGUGCAGUAACUCGGAUUUUGAGAACCUCAUACAGGCAGGAAUGGUAAAUCUGAGUCGAGAAAAGCGGGACGACAACUGUAUUGUUUACAUGCGUAACAUCAAGAACAUCGACGACAGAUUAAGUGCCAAAAAUGCGGGAAACUUCGUUGAUCUUGCAGAUUGUGGCGGGAAAAGGGAUCAGGAGAAAACAAACAAAAUUAAUGUAUUAAGAAAACUUGUUGAAAAAUGCGUUUCUCCUUCUAAUAUUGUUGAAUCCGAAAUUGAAUUGAACGGAUGUUCGCUAGAUGAACAAAAAUCUGGAGAAUACAUUUCCAAUAUUGGUAGUCAUUUUUAUUCUACUGUAGUCAGAUUAGUAAACAAACAAAUUGACAAAUCAAACAAACUAUGUAAAGAUCCGCUCAUACAAGAGUUAUCUCGUCACUGGGAAUAUGCCAUACAGAGUUACUCCCCAUUCAUUGGAAGGGAAGAAUUGCUUAACUCAAUCAAGGGUUACCUCCUCUCAGAUACAGACCAGCCGUUUGUUCUCUGUGGUUUGAGCGGGACAGGGAAAUCAACACUAAUCGCAAAGGCAGCAAAUGACAUUAAUGAGGCCGUCACAAAUUCUGACUUAUCUAUGCCAACUGCCGUUGUUGUUAGAUUUAUCGGAGAAACGGGGCAGUGUGAAGUUGCUCAACCUUUGCUGUUCAAUUUAUGUCAUCAACUUGCUUUUAUAACAGGAAGAUACAGACAAGAUGUUCCGUCUACGUAUCUCGCCCUGAAAAAUUACUUCAUUGACUUGGUACAGAGAGGUGAAUAUGGUGGAAUGAUAGUGAUACUUGUAGACGCGUUAGACAAAUUAUCAACGACUGAUAAUGGACACAAACUUGACUGGUUGCCGUCAAGAAUUGCAAGCAAUAUCAAAAUUAUUGUCACUGUCGAUUCAGAAAAUGGAGAAAUGUUAACCAGGCUUGAAAAUAAAGUCGACGAAGGCAUUAUCAAUAUGCCUGAUUUCUCUCCUAAUGAAUGCGAAAAUACGUUGAAAGCAUUGAUAAAUGAUAAUAAACAAACUGUAAAUUACAAUCAAUGGAAACAGAUACAACUUUCGUUCAAUUCGUGUUCAACACCACUCUUUUCGCAGCUAGUCUACGCUGAUAUAUCGCAGUGGAAGUCGUUCGACAAUAUAACAAAAAACGUUCUUGGACAUUCUACCGACGCCUUGAUCAACAGAAAGUUCGAAUCCAUAGAGCAAAAGUAUGAUACAAAUAUUGUUCAUAAAGUACUUGGAUACCUGACAGCUGCAAAGAAUGGGCUGAGUGAGCUUGAAUUGGAAGAUAUAUUAUCACUUGAUGACAAACUUUUAAAUAGCAUUUUCGUCAGCAAUAGUGAAUAUCCACAUAUUCGUAGGAUACCACAUACAUACUGGUCUCGUUUGAGGCAAGACUUGCAGCCGUACUUGUGUUGUAAGGAAAGGGACGGGAUAGCCACAUACAGUUGGAAAUACAAACGAUUGGCUCAACUCGCAGAAGCACGAUACUGCAAGUAUGAUACAGAAAACAUAUAUUCCAAUAUGGCGGAUUAUUACAUCGGAAAGUGGAGUGGAACUCAACGGAAACCAUUUAAACAUCCAAGCAUUCUCAUGGCAAAGUACAAGCUAGUUGAGCGUGACGGAGAAUGCUGUCGAUUUGUGCCAACUCAGCCAUUGUCUUUCGGUGAGAAUAUGGCCUAUAACUCUAGGAAGCUAUCACAGCUUCCGUUUCUUCUAGUCAAAAGCAAGCGUUUUGAUGAAUUGAAAUCAGCUGUUCUAUGCAACUACGACUGGAUAGCAUCAAAACUACGCAUUUCAACGGUACAGCGUGUCAUCGCCGAUUUUGAGAUGUGUGAAGACAGAGAAAUUAAACUGGUAAGGGACGCAUUACGCAUGUCAAAAUCAGCCAUUUCUAUAAAUCGGGACGCUUUGGGCAUGGAACUUACUGGCAGACUUCUUCCACACAUCUAUAAGUAUUCAAAUAUCAAAGAGCUAAUACGACAAUGUGAUCUUGAUGCACAACGAUGCAGUCCGUUUGUAGCCAAUUGCCAGAUAUACAGCGCCCCUGGUGGUCCACUACAGUAUGAAUGUAAUGUAGGGAAUAAUACGAACUGCCAAAUUGACAUUGAUGUGUUCACAAGUCCGGAUGGUAUACUUCUCGUUGCAAAACCAACCUAUAGCAACCGACUUCGUGUUUGGGAACUCACAAAUGGAGAUGAAAGACCAGACAUAAUGUUACCUGUUGGUGAUGUCAGACCAACAAAAGAUGGUCGGUAUAUCAACAUACUUGUUAACGAUAGAUUUGUUAAGACAUACAGAUCAAACUGUGGCGUUCUUCAUGGAGAAGUCGAAUUUGGUCAAGGAAAAGUGUCAAAUGUGAAAGUUUCAAACAAGUAUAUAGCAUUCAUCCAGUAUAAAGGCGCCGGCCCAUGCGUUAUCGACAUUGAAAGGAGUGAAAUUUUGCAUAAAUUCAAGUAUCAUACUCAUGCAGUUGCAAUAAGUGAAGACGAAAAGUAUGUUGCAUUUAACGCUGAAAGAAACAUUUUACUAUAUGAACUUCCAGUCAUGCAAAGGAAAUGUGUUGCUACCGCAUCUGAUGUUGCCCACGAGAUACUGUUUGUAAAUGAUGCAUCAAAAUGUUAUGUGAUGACAAAAACAAAAAUAGUCGAAUCAAUAUCAUUUGACGUUGUCAAUAGAAAAUUCCAGUGCAAAGGAAUUUUGACGGAUAUGAAUGCUAAGAAAUGUGUUCUGUCAAAUUCAAGAAAUCUUCUCAUUGUACAAUGUGGUAAAGUUCUGCAUGUUAUAGACACUGUCAUUGACAAAGUUAGGACUAGAUUUCAGAAACUACCUCCUGGUGUAUUUGUCGACAGCAGUUCAACAUUUAGUGGUUCGGGAUUUUCACCAGACGACAGCAUGAUUGUCGCCACGCGCUACACUUACUUGAUCGUGUGGGACGCUGAGACGUGUGCUCCGAUACGCGUUUUACAAACAGCGGUGUCUCCAAUGGUACGAUUAUUUACCUCGGAUUCUAUCAAUAAAGUCGUGACUCUUUUAGAGAACGAAACUUUUCAAGUUUGGGACUUAGACAAUCUCGAUCGCGACACCGAACAUUCUGCUGAAGUCCACCAGGGGGCAGUGCAAUCUAUAGGUGUGUCGUCUGCUGCAGAUUAUAUAAUGUCAUCAGACGAUAAAACUCCCGACGCAAAAUUGGUCAGCUUAUCCACAGGUGUUGUUAUGGACACUCUUCAACAUAGUGAACAUUCCGGGGACCAUGUUACUGAAGUGUUAAUGUCACCUAAUGGCAUGUACGCUGUAUCAAGAGCCAAACUUGAGCAAACGGAUGCUCUGUCAUACUCAAGUUUUGAACCUUUGACAGAUGAUGUAAUGUGGGAAUUAGAAACAGCAUCAAAAGUAUUUCAUGCAAUUUCAAACAGGUAUAUCGUUUUUAGUCCAUCAUCAGAAACAGCAGCUUUUGUCACGUGCGCAUUUUAUAAUAGCUGUGACUGGACUGAAAACAUUUACAAUGUGUUCAUCGUGAACCCUGAAACUGCUGCAAACUACACAUUAGAUUUUCCAUACAGCACCGAGUUUGUCGUUCCACCAAAAAUAGUUCAUAAGAAUGGCAGUGACUACUUUGUGGCGGUCGUGCAAACAUGCAGAAAGACAACCGAUACCAUAACCACCAAGGAAUUAUCACGAUGGACAGAAGUACGUUUGUUUCUGCAGAACAUAACGACUAACCAAUCUCAAACGGAUCCAGUUCUUCUGCGCUUGCAGAAUUUAGUUGAAAAUGUUGAAGAUAAUGACGAGUUUUUGGAUAUUAUACCAGUUUCUGAUGAUAACAUUCUUGCUGUGUAUGCAAAAGAUGUCCAUGUGUAUGAGUUUGUUACUGACAAAGGUAUCGUUCCGCCGAAAUGUACAAGAAAAGGCGCCAUUUUGUUCGACGUUGAUGGUCAGACGGCCCUGAAACACAUUCCUCUUUUUCUUGAUAUAAAAUCGAAGGUAAAUGAUCUUCAGAUUUCUAGGCAAUAUUGCCACAUUCUUGACAAUGACUUAAGAGUGUUUAAAUAUGAAACAUUUAGCUUUCUCAUUCAAAUUCGGAGCUGUAAAUUUGCACCGGGGUCUGCAAAACUUGCACUGAAUGGACGAUACAUUGUAGGAAUAGCAGAAAUUCAAAGGACAAUUGAAGUUGUGAGGACGUCAGAUGAUACAAAUAUAGGCUCAAUGUUUGUGCAUGGUAAGGCCACAUGCUUGCAAGUUGCAGACGAUGACAGAACAGUUAUUGUUGGUUGUGAGGAUGGAAGAAUCAUGAUUUUGAGCCUGAUUCUAGAUUUUGCUGAUCCAUUACGAGAAUACAUUGAGAAUAUGCCAAGUCGCUAUGAAGAGCCAGUCCAGGAUAAUUUGAUCAUAAAAGAUUUGCGACGGCUUUCAUUGUCAACGCCGGACCAACAACGUCUGUCAGCUAGGUUGAGAAAAGCAUCUAUUGCAGAAGAGAGGAGGCCGCCAUCAUAUACAACCUUACAUCGUGCAGUCACCAUUUCUAGAAUGUCAAGUCGGGAGCGUAAUCACAGUAAUUGCGCACAACAGUAAAUUAUUUGUUAGAUAUUGAAACAUAGUACAUGUAUUGAAAUAUAAUCAUAUACAUAUACACAGUAUAUACUUGUUAGAUUAACAAAUACUAUGGUCAUGAUUAUAUCUUUCAAGAUAUCAAAUUGUGGUUAUUAAAAUACUUAUUAGUUAUGUUUGUAAGUCAGUCGUAUUAGGGCAAUUUUUUCAUCUUUCUCCUUUUUUAUGAUUUAUGUUGCGUUAGACUGAAAGACAUCGGUCUUUAAAUGUUUAUCAACAAAACCUACCACAAGAGUCAAAACGUAUACAUUUUAUGUUAUACCUAUUCAUGGUGUAAGACAGGAUAAGUUAAAGAAUUUUUAUAUCAGUGAAUAUUGUUAACGCAAUAAAUACAUAAAGCAAUCAGAAUAAAACAACAAGGGACGAUUUUGCUUAUACAAAUGUAGUUAUUAUUUUGCAUGUAUAUUAAUCAUUUUAUUGUGUUCUUUCAUGAAUAGCAUUUGCUGGAGGUCAGAUCUGAGUUUUGUAUAUUUUAAUCAAGACAAUUGUACAUAUAAUUGUUUAUAAUGGUCUCAAAACGAUAUACUUUUAUUUGUGUAUGACACCUCUUUCUAGGUUAAGUUACGUAAAUAUAUUAAUAAUGUGUCUUUUGUAUUCUUAAAUGGCGUGCCAACUGUUUCUGUUUAUUCUUAUUGUCUAUCAUUUGUAAAUGUAUUUAUUUGCUUACAAUAUCAAAGAAACAUUAUUUUUUGAGCUGCCAAGCCGAUCUGUGAUACUGUACUGUUUAUUUUAGAUUUAUAUUCAUUGUUGUACUUGCAUAUAUUUAAUAGUAAAUGAUUUCAUAAUAUACUGUUAAUAUAGAUUUAAAACGUAUGAUAAAUGAGAUAAUAAAUUAUUGACACGUACCAAAUGUCAUAAAGCUAAUAAAAGUAAUGCAUACAAACGUGCCUUUUAG